CUCCUCACUCUUGAGUUUCUGUGCCGCCGGUGGUCGUGGUGGUUGUGGCAGGCGGCGUUGGCGGUAGUGGCGUAGCAUUCAUUCCAGAGUCUCUGUGUGCGUGCGUGUGUGUGUGCGCGUGUGUAUUUGAAAGAGAGAGAGAGGGAGAGAGGUCGCACAUGCUCACUGCUGUUGCAGUCUACUCGCAUAGCAGUCCUUCCUUCAGGAGUGCAACGCACAGCAGUUGACUUGUUUACGCUGUAAUUCAUGAAGGACAUAAAUUAAUAGCUUGCCAAAGAACAAAACGUUUUUCUGAAAGUCAUUUCAUUUUAUUUCGACAACUCAAUGGUGUACGACCGCACCGAUGAAGACACGGACUCGCCUGUCGUCCGUCAAUAAGCGGGGGUGACGACAGAUGGAGUCGCGGUGGCUGGACCAACAAGCCGUGCCCUACACCCUCAAGAUGUCGUCCGUGCAGCGUUUCGGAAAUGUCCUCGUGGAGAGAAGCCCCAUGGGCCCCGUGCACUACAGCCCUGCUGGCCUACAGGACGUGCAACCGCCCGCCGCCGGCCACCGUCGUUCAAGCACUGAGCCCACAGCUGCCCCGUUGCACAGCUUGCCUCGCUAUGGCGAAACGGUGGGGAGGAGGAAUGGAUUACCGCACCAUCGCUCCUGGGCCUCUGCAGACGGCGAUCAUCACACAGGAACCCAACAACAGUGUCAGCAGCAGCCGCAGCAGAAUCUUGAUCAGCAGCAUCAUCAACAACUGCAGCUCUCUCAGCAUCACCAUGACCAUCACGGUCUCCAUCAUAAUAAUAAUCAUCACCAUCAACACGUUGGUCCCCAUGCAGCGCCACAGAAAAACACCGUCAUUAAUUUGGCAAGUGGAAAGGCCAAGGAGGUUUCUGGGGAUUGGUCCAAGGUGGCCGCGUUGUCUCCGUCCACUGGUAGCGGUUUUGGCGGUGGACCCAGCAGUGGAGGUGGUGGCAGCGGUGGUGGUGGUGGUGGUGGUGGUGGUGGUGGUGGUGGUGGUGGUGGCCACCAGCCAGCAUCGGCCACAAAUCCGCCGGCUGUAGUGAUGCGCAGGGCAGGUGGCCGCAAGGUGAAGGCGGAAACGGGCAGCCAGCGUGAGAGUCAGCUGUUCGCAAUGGAACUCGCAGAGCUUAUGUCCAGCGCCACGGCAAACUCGGAGACGCGCGAUCUCGGCCUCCCCGGCCUCCCGCUGGGCGGUCUCCUGACGCCGGCUGAUGUGGAGGGCCUUCUGAAGCGGGCGUACGGACGGGAGGGCAUUGAGUCGUGCCUCCACAUCCUGUUGCGCUGCUCUGAGGACCUAAAGCAGUGCACCGAGAUUAUCCGCAGGAGCAUCCGGCAGCGGAAGAGUUCGCCCAACGGCGGCGGCGGCGGCACUGACGAAGACGCCGAGAACCAGUACCGGCAGCUCGUGUCGCAGCUGUCGAUGCACUUGAGAAAGCUGCCGACCCCGCAGGAGGGCUUGGAUGGACCUCGGCAAGAGGCGCUCGCCGACUUCCUGCAGAGCCUCUGUGAGCUGCAGGGGGUGGCAGAGCAUGGGGGCGAGCGGCCGCCCCGAUACGAGGAUGUCGUCGGGCCUGUGAUCCCGGACACUGUUGGCGGCGCUAAAGCUGCUGGCCACCUCGAAGGGCUGUUGGAUGAUGAGCGUGUCGCCGCUGCCAGAUUGCCGGUUAGUGACGUCCUCUCGGGUUCGGUGCCCGUGCAAGUUCGGCGGGUCUUACCAGAAGAGGGGGUCGGAUGUACGGAGGCCUUGCACAUCGUGGAAGAACGAGAAGAUGUUGGCGUGAGCCCCAAGUCCUCUCUUCCAACUGCCGCUCAGGGCCAAGGUCUCUUUCUCUCAUCAGACAAACAGUUGCAAAGGCCACGAUAUGUGUAUGCACCUUGGGUUUCUAGACAAUGGAACUUGGAAGCAGUGGGGUCUCCUUCGCAGGUCAUCGGUAAGCAGGGCCUAGUACAGGAUUUUUCUAGAGCCGGGCAAUUCGCCCGUGAUGGCGUGAGUGGGGUGACCCUUCCGGAGUCAGGUGCGGUAGUGGCGCAUCGUACGGGCGUGCAGCGUCCUUCAGUGAUCGUCAGCCACCGAGGAAACCGUCCGGGAGAGCGGCAUGUGGAGACAUCCCCAAGCCACGAGGAGGAGAUGAUGGAUCUCGAAAGGUUAAUCAAUGAGUUGGAGGAAUUCUCUCGCAGCGCGGGUUGCGCAGAUAACGGCGGCAGCGAGGACACGGCGACGCGGCAACAUUCGGCAAUGGCACCAAGCGCCUCAACCGGGACGGCGAUCUCGACAAGUGGACUCCGCUCCGACAAGGAGGCUGUAAAUCGAGAGAAUCGGGUUCAACAUCGGGUUAUUGGACCGGCUCGUUCUCCAGCACCAGAUCCUCCGCUCGUUGACGGCGUCAAGCAGUCGUAUCGGAUCGAAUCGCUCGCCAACAGAUGGGGCGCCGGGAGACAUGGAGCUGAUCAGGUGGUGCUCAGUCAGUCGCCGAGGGUGCUGAAGGUCGCGCCCGCAAGCACCACAGCCGCCGGCGUCAAGGACAAGAAGUCGCUGCCUCCGGCGCUGCCCAAGCCGCACGCGGUGCCGGCUCACUCGCUCGUGCCGCGCUUCUACUUCCCGCACGGCCGCCCGGCGCCCAACGGCCCCACGUCGGACCAGAUGAUCGAGCGGGUGGAGGAGUCGUUCACGCCUUACCCGGACGAGCGCGCCGACAUUCAUCAGAUGGCCACCGUGGCCAAGGCCUGUGGCUGCCCUGUUUACUGGAAGUCGGCGUUGUUCCAUGCGGCGAGCGGGGAGCGAACGGGUUUCGUGUCCGUGCACACCUUUGUGGCCAUGUGGAGAAAGCUCUUGCGAACUUGCCACGACGACUCGGCCAAGUUUGUGGCUCUGCUCGCGCGUCCCGGCUGCAGUUACCUGGUACAGGAGGACUUCAUCCCCUUGCUGCAGGACAUCGUGGACAGUCACCCUGGACUCACAUUUUUGAAGGAGGCACCGGAAUUCCACUCGCGGUACAUCACAACGGUGAUCCAGAGAGUGUUUUACGUUGUGAAUCGCUCGUGGUCCGGACGGAUUUCGCUGACCGAGCUACGGAAAAGCAACUUCCUGCAGACGCUUGCGCUGCUCGAGGAGGAGGAGGACAUCAACCAGAUCACCGACUACUUCUCCUACGAGCACUUCUACGUCAUCUACUGCAAGUUCUGGGAGCUGGACACGGACCACGACCUCUACAUUGACCGCAAGGACCUGGAAAAGCACAACGACCACGCGAUCUCAAGCCGGAUGAUCGACAGGAUAUUCUCCGGAGCUGUCACGAGGGGACCGGCCACCAAGCGCGAGAAGCGGAUGAGCUACGCCGACUUUGUGUGGUUUCUCAUCUCGGAGGAAGACAAAAAGACCGCGACGAGUGUGGAGUACUGGUUUCGCUGCAUGGACCUGGACGGCGACGGCGUUCUGUCCAUGUACGAGCUGGAGCACUUCUACGGCGAGCAGUGCGCGCGCAUGGACAAGCUCGGCAUCGAGCCCCUGCCGCUCAGCGACUGCCUCUGCCAGAUGCUCGACCUCGUCAAGCCCCAGGUGGAAGGCAAAAUCACGCUGAAGGAUCUGAAGCGGUGCAGAAUGGCGUACGUCUUCUACGACACGUUCUUCAACCUCGAGAAGUACCUGGAGCACGAGCAGAAGGACCCCUUCUCCGUCCAAAAGGAGGCAGAUGGGGAGGUGCCCGAGUCCUCGGACUGGGAUCGCUACGCCGCAGAGGAGUACGAGAUCCUGGUCGCAGAGGAGUCGGCAAACCAGCGGAUGCAGGCCAUCUCGUACGAGGAGGACCUGGAAGAGGCGUUGCUGGGAAAGCAGGUCGGGCGGCUAACCCUGAGCGACCCUCCCAACCCAAGCACGCGCUUCAGCGACGACCAGUACGAGUACGACGACGACUUCGAGUACUGAACGCGACGACAUCGCCCUCCCGUGUCCCUUCCCUGCCCGUCUGCCCGCACAUCCGUCCGUCCGUCUGUUCAUAUAUUUGCCGGUCUGCUUGUCGAUCCAACCAUUCAUCCAUCCGUGUGUACAUUCUUAAGUUUCUUCCGUAUUCUUUAGGUCCAUCUGUCCUGCCUAUUAAUUCGUCCAUCUUUUUGUCGGUUAUCUUGUCCGCCUGUAAAUCUUCAUACACAUCAGCUUGCCUGUCCAUAUUGACUGAAUACCAAAAGGCUAAACACUUUGUGUGCGUGUGCGUCUCUAUCUUUCUGUAUCUGUCACUUUCACAAACUCUCACCGUCUCGCUGUCCUUUGUACAGCUCUCAUUGGCAGAGACUCUUUCACACCGGAUUCUUUCUCUAAUCCAUGCAUUUGUACAUAGACCACAGAGGACUCUGCAGGUCACGCUGAGGUUAGGCUCUCUCAAGCCAAACCAAACAGGGCCGAGCACAGCCUUCGCUUCUACCGGUGGCUAGUCCCAUUGAAGCUCAGCACUGUCCAGGCACAGUGAGCAAAUUGGUAGCCCCUUGCUGUGAUGUGUUGACGCCCCAGCGGCGUCUCAGCGUUUUCCCCCCCGGCUUGGCCGUGCUAAACCGGGCUAAAAUUGAUGACGCAGCGCUAAGCAAGAUGAGGGCCGGCUUUUUAUAGGCGUUGGGCUAUGCUGGGCUGGUUCUCAGCGUUGCAGAGUUAACGUGUUUUAAUUAACCGUGUGUUAAUGUGAUCGGAUCGCCAAAGCCCAGUGUGUGUAAUCCUGUGUUAUUACUCUUUAGGGUGUUGUUUUUUUGUAUGUGAUCAGAUCAUGGUUAGGUAGCAUGUAGCGGUCAACUACUUCUUGUGAUUACUUUCAUUUUGAUAAAUUCGUAAGUGUCAAAAUAACAAUUACAAUGGGGGGGGGGGGGGUAUGAUGGGGGGGGGGGGGUCAGCAGCUGGGACGAAUGAGAGCACAGCAGCAGCCACAGCAUGCACAUCACACCACACACGGCCCGCAGUCACAUCACGGGUUCUCUUACUUUGAACCCUGAUGUCUAUUGAAAGCAAUGUGUCGUGCGACGAAUUCACCCGGUGCUGCGAGUUUUGCGAUGCAAAAGCACGCGGGAUUGAGUCGCGUUACUUCUGAAACCUCAAUCAAGUCUGGCAAUCGCACCGACUCCUAUUCCAGAAUCACUCUUCCCAUCUUGGGCCGGCCUCUCGCUCGCCCACAUCGACCUGAGAUGGCUCCGGUUGGCCCAGGACGCAAAGUGUAGUAGCUAUACUGGGCUGGGCUCGGUUUGUAGCUUUGGCCCGUGUGUAGCAUGGGCACUUUUUUAAUUUUUAAGUUUGGUUUCUGUGUUUCGUUUCUGUUCCGGUCGUACAUUAAACUAACGGUAAAGUUUUUGUCCAACUCGGAAUAUCCCAAACCUCCGCCGUGACCACCAGGUCCAAGCAUCGUCGACCGGGUUUUGCACAAUGAGUGCCAGUUGUUUUUUUUUGGGGGGGGGAGGGGGUGGUUGUGGGUUCACUUAACAAUCGCGCUUUUAAGGCGCGGGCUUGUGAGCGAGGGUUGUGUGGACUCAUGGCUGUUGGCGAUAGUAGUAGCAGUAGUAAUAAUAUUAAUGAGUGCUAAGACGAUUGUAAUGGAUGUAAUUAUGUGCACAUCAUCACAGCUGUAAUAUGUAUACACACAGACACGUGCACGCGUGCUAUGCAACACUUGUGCCGAGUGUUUCUGAACACUUAAUCCUCUGUUGAGGUGGGGUUAUAUGUGAAAAUUAUAUUUUAAUGUAGGCCAAUGCUGCCUUAGCGCACUGUGCCUCUGCAUUCGACACAGAAAUAGCACGUUGUUUUGGCACCGGGGAAUAGCACAAAUGCCACAUGUCCCGCCUAUUCAAAAACAACUCUACUCCGGUUGCGACGUACCGACGUAACGCAUUUUGGCGGUCUUUAUACCUCUCCCCCUGCGCGUUGUCGCGGUGGUUCGUGCCGCCAUCGUUUGAAACCCACCGCAUUAGCGGGCUGUGCCAUUCCUUCGCGUAGGGGUGACAAGUUUGCGGAACACCACGGCGGGUGGCGGGCGGGGGGGGGAAAUUUGCUACCCGUGGUGGCACGGGAUGUUCUUGAUAACGUUGCAUCGUCAGCCUUUGAAAAUAAAAGUGAAUUUAAAAAAUACAAAAAAGGGGCAGAGCUUCUUCAAUAACGUUGGGGUUUCAAUUAUUUUAAACAUGUAAGUAGUGCAGACCGUUACGAUAAAAUGAGACUUGUGAUGCAAACGAGGCCCGUGCCCAUGCAGUUUCGCAAACAUUUUACGCCUGAGCUAACUUGACGGUCGUGUUCGUCACGAGGACGUUUCCACUGUGCCUGUCAACUUUUUUAUAACGUUUCGUAAGCCGCGCUGAAACAACAUUGCGUUUCGCACGUUUUCCGUGAGCACAUUUCAAUAAGUUCACAUCAUCAUUAUUAUUAACGAAGACACUUGUAAUGGACAAAUACAACUUUUUGUUUUUCACACAAAAAAAUUACCCAAACAAAAACUUCCAAGAGCUCACGUGACCCAGAUGUCAUUCUAACAACUGCUGUAACCUUUUGACCUUCUCACAACAUCGUUUGCACGUUCCUUCCUGCGUUUUUUGAGUUUGAGUUUUUUCUCUCGUGAUUGACCGUGCGAUUGUUUGAAGCCUGUUUAUAAUUAUUCAUUUUUUUCCAAUCGUACAUUCCUGUGUGCUGUUCAAAUUCUUUCCUGUUUCGCUCGUCCUGUGUGCAUGUGCGCGCCCGCAAACACCUCGGACCGCUCGGCUGGUACAUUCUCGCACACCGUUUCAAUCACGUGGUGGAGUGGGUGGGGUGGGGGGGCGGCACACAUUUUAAAUGAGCGCAGUUUGUCCGAAGAAAUUGAACUCGGGACGAAAAAUGUAUCCUCGAUAGAGACAUUUUGGAGUUCAUUCCUGUCAAAAGUCUUGAUACCCACAGACUGAUGACGGGUUAACUUGACACUUUGAAAGAACUCCCAAACGUCUCCCCGAGUAUACCGUCAGUGAGAGUUCCAUUUGGUCCUGUAAACGUUUCCCACGGCCGAAAUAUUGGAAUGCAACGUUGGCGUUUGCCGUGUGCGGAGGCGCCGUACUGAGACCAGCGGAGUCGAGGCAAAACCUCCCCCCCUGCUCAAAUCUGAGUGCAAAGCGGUACCCAUCUCCGUUGGUGGCCCCUGGGGGGGGCCUGCGGUGGACAUUACACAUUCACAUGGCGGGGCCCAGUCUAUCCAUAGGAGAACCAGCUUUGAAUCUGUGCAGAGGUUGAACUCGUUAUAUAUCGAACGCAGAAGAACGACUCGCCUACACAAGAAAUCGUCCCCUCCCUCCCCAUGGUUUAGGCACUGAAUGGGCCUGCUGGUUUCGAGUCAAACACUCGAACCACUAUGCCACCCGGCUUGAAAGUUGCACAAAAAAGCGACGUCUCCUUAUAUCGAUCAGUCAAUCAGUCUGGACGUGCCAAUAUCUCUCUAUCUCAAUAAAGUAGGCAUUGGUACCCGUUGUAUGUAUGUUGAGCUUCUUUCUGCGCAUGGUACGUAGCCGACCGUGCUGAACGGGAACGGUACAUGGGGCGUAGAGCGACGGGAAUGAAGAGAUUGCUACCUCGUAAGUUCGUGGCAACGUUUCGGAGGACAGGCGUGAGAGAUGAGACCUGCGUUUUUUUUUGGGGGGGGGGCUGACUGCCGGGGGGGGGGGGCCGUUGCCUCUGAACGUUUAAAAGUUCGCCGGAGUUGUUCGGGUGCCGAUGCUGAUCGGCGAGCGUGCCCAGAGCAUCGUUUUGCUCUUUCGAGGCUGUGAGCUCGUCAACAGAGGUCUGGAGACCACGCUUGCGAUCGAAACGUUUGUUUUCGAUUUGAUAAUAUUGCAUUUGGGUGACGCUGCUCCUGCUGCUGCGGCCGCAUUGGCAGUGGCAGCGCGAGCACAAUGAACAACGAAUGUCAACACCUACUCGUCAAGAACACUGCCUUAAAAAAAUUACAAAUAUAUAAUCGGUGACGUUUCGGGCAGUUGCCCUUCUUCACAAGUAACCCAUCACAGCACAUAAAGAACGACCAUUGCCACAAAACGUUACGUGAUUACUUGAAAAAAGCUAUCUUUUAAGGCAGUGUUGUCGAUUGAUUUUUUUUUCCUCCAAGUGGAUGCAUGGGAGUCACGAUGCACUUGCAAUUCAAAUGAACGUUUGUAUUUUAUUUUUCAAAUGUGUGUGUGCGUGUUCAUGUGACCCUUGGGUGCAAUGGUCUUGCCAAGGCCUGGCAACACAUCCUGUGUGUGAGCAAAGUGUUGCCUUGCAGCAGUUUGGCUCGACGGAAUCGCUUCUCAUCCCCCAGCACCACUUAACGACGACUCACACGACACUCACUGCGAUCAGAUCUACAACUUCUAUAUUAUAAGCCUAGAGGUUCUACUCGUGGUUAAACAGGAAUACCAUAACGUUUAGGAGAGUGCUGGCAAAAUGUCUGCACAUAUUAAAAGGGUCGCAUGUCCGUUGUACAGUAUUCUAUUGCAAUCAAAUAAAAUAAAAACAUCUAGCAAAUCUUCUUUCGUAUGGCAAAAGACGUCAAAUCAAACACACGUCAACCGCUUCAAGUCGGCACAUGGCAUCACAAAGCAAUGCAUUCAUCGACUCUCACACUACAGCAACGCCUCGGAGUGCGUUCUCAAUUCCUCCAAUUCAAUCGUCGGUCCGUCCGUCCGUCCGUCCGUGCCGCGUGACGAGGUCCUUCACCGCGACGGCGUCAUUUUGCCGCGGUUAACGGAGACCGGGCGGCCGUUAGACGCUCCGCGCCCCCCACCUUCCCCGUGGAAUUCGGCGCGAGUAGUGUGCCGAUCUUGCUACGGUAAGAUUCGUUCGAAUAAUCCUCGACCAGAGAGAGAGGGCCUGGAGCGGUGGCGGCAGGGAGCUCCUGACGUGAUCGUGGCCAAGCAGCGGCCCCCUCGUCACGUGCCACCACGUCUGGCCGCCCGGUUCGUUUUGGGUUUUUUUCUUUCUCCCAGAGCGGCCGACGCGUUCCCGGCACGCCGAUAGGGCGUCGCUCAGUCGACGGCAGAUUCCUGGAGGAAAACACGAAAUGGUGACGACAAGCAAGCAAAUGGUUGCUUUUUUUAUUUUUCUUUCGGCCGUUUUGUUUUUGAGGUGCCUUUUGCGUUCGGCAUUUACAUGUAAUUGUUCGUAGCCUAGCGCGGUGGAGUCUUUAAUUUAAAGAAAAGCAAAUCAUCUUUGGUUCUCGGCUCUUGGAGCAAAAUGGUCCGUCUUUCCGCGGUGAAUAUUUGCUGGGCGAUUAUCUGCAUCCGUUCGAUCCAGAAAACGACAUCAGGUCGAUUGGAAAUGCUCAAAAAGUAUUGUGAUUCCACAUCUGCGAUUGCGUCAAAUAUGGGAAUUGUAAUUGCUCAGCCCCUUGGCAAUACGCUGAAGGCCUCACUGCACCGUGUCGAUCGUGGGAAUGAUUGACCAUACUUCACCACGUUGGUCAGUAUGGGUCGGUGAUGUUGAGGGUCCCGGGACCCUUUUAAGAGGUCACUGCCCACUCGUUAUGGUUUGGGUUGUAGUACUGUGCAACAUCGUAGUAAUUGAAGAACAUUGCAAUGUAGAGACAUAUAGCAUUGAACAAUUGCGUAGUGUUCAUGAAAGCCUUAGUCUCACUUGAAUCGAACAAUUCAGCCGUAUUGAGCAAUCGCCAUGGCCACCAAAUGAAUGCCACCGAGAGCUGAGCGAAUACGACACUUAAAGCAAUACCACGUGCACUGCGAUAUCCGAGAGCAUGGAGCCAAAUUAUGUGUUUUUGCUUCUUAAGUUAUAGCUGGUAUAGUUGUGAUACACACAAUGUAUUUCUGUAUCAACGUGUGAAUAGAACUCCACGUUUAGGCUUUCCUAUAUCGCCCGGUACCAAUGUUCACGUGCCAGCAGGUGCAAUGCCCCUUGUUAGCGGGGACGUGGAAACAUGAGACGGAGUACAGCUCAAGAGGAUUGGGGGGGGGGGGGGGUUGAGGAAACGCUGAUAUUUCUGGAACUCUGUGAGCAGCCGUAGACUUGUGCCGUUGUCAGACUGCUCGUAAUGUGUGCGGAGAAUGCUGGCGGGCAAUGAGGAAGAGUGAUGGGAUAAAUAAUUGAAGGGGGGCUGUACAUCCUAAAGGAACGUUUGUCCACUCCGGUCCUCGCGACCAAUCCCCCCCCACCGGUCCACGUCUUUCUUGGUGACCAGCCUUGUCUAUUCCGUACGUGAACUAAGCCCACUGCGAACGCUUGCACGCACGUGAUGGUUGGUGAUGACGGAAAGCUGGAUUACCGUGGGGCGUUGCGACCGACUGGAGUGGAGUCUAACGUUGUCCAAAAGGGCUGUGUGGCUCACUCCUGUCGUCGUGUGGAUGUGUACGUGCCUUGAUUUGUGUAAAUAGUGAACUGUAAAGAAAAAGGAUGUUUAAAAAAAAAAGUGUUUUCGUUGGUUUGCGUAUUAAAAAAAGGUCUUGACUCCCAA